AUGGGGCGAUUCCUUGCACUUUUACACAUGUGUUUGCACUUGUUGCUCUUCCUUUUUGCAUCCUUCCAUUCCCAUUCCUUAGGUCAUUCCCAUGAUAGCUUUACUUUGCUUCAAUUCAAGAACUCCUUCACUGCUGAUAUCACUCAUUAUUAUGAUCCUUAUUUAUCAUCUGACUGCCCAUGUCCAUAUCCGAGGACAAAAACAUGGAAAAAUGGGACAGACUGCUGCUCAUGGCUUGGGGUCACGUGUAAUCCCUCAUCGGGUCACGUGAUCGGACUCGAUCUCAGCUGCAGUGGGCUUUCUGGUAAAAUCGAAGCAAACAGUAGCCUUUUCCGUCUUUCUCAUCUCCAAUCCCUCAAUCUUGCUUUCAAUAAUCUCUCUCAAUCUCCAUUGUCAUCUCUCUUUGGAGGGCUUACGAGUAUGAGUAUGAGGCACCUCAACUUGUCUAAUUCCAAUAUUGAAGGUGAAAUUCCUAUCCAAAUCUCACACCUUUCAAAAUUAUCCUCACUUGAUCUCUCUUUCAAUGAUUUAAAAUGGAAAGAAAGGAGUUGGAAGAGGCUGCUCCAGAACGCAACACUCUUAAGGGACCUUGUUUUGGAUGGUACAGAUAUGUCUUUAACUUCAAUCAAACCAAUCAAUCUCGCUUCAUCUCUCAGUAUCUUGCAUCUUUCAGGAUGUCAGUUCCGAGGAUCAAUUCCUCCCUCUUUCUCUAACCUCACCCAUCUCACAUCCUUGGAUCUCUCAGUAAACAACCUUGUUUCAAUCCCAUCCUCUUUCUCUGACCUCACCCAUCUUACUUCCUUGGAUCUCUCAUGGAACAACCUCAGUGGUUCAAUCCCAUCCUCUUUCUCUAACCUCACACAUCUUACUUCUUUGGAUCUCUCAUACAACAACCUCAACGGUCAAAUUCCAUCUUCAUUGUUUGACUUAACUCAUCUUUCUCUUUUGGAUUGUUCUUCUAAUCAAUUAGAGGGCCCUCUCCCUACCAAAAUAACUGGCCUUUCUAACCUAACUCAAUUAGACUUACAUAACAACUUACUUAACGAAACAAUUCCCUCUUGGUGCUUGUCUUUGCCAUCUUUGGUGUCUUUAGAUCUAUCAACUAAUCACUUCACAGGACAUAUAAGUGCAGUAUCAUCGUAUUUCUUGGAGUAUCUAGAUUUGUCCAGCAACAAGCUGCAUGGAAAUAUUCCAGAGUCAAUUUUCAGUCUUGCAAACCUUACUAACUUAGAUUUGUCAUUUAACAACUUGAGUGGUCUUGUCUACUUUCCACUCUUCUCCAAGCUUCAAAAUCUGAAAUCUCUUUCCCUUUCUCAAAAUGCUCAACUGUCAUUAAACUUUGAAUCCAAUGUAAAUUACAGUUUCCCUGUCCUAAAUGAAAUCAAGUUAUCUUCUUUAGGUUUAACUGAAUUUCCUAAACUUACAAGAAAAUUGUCAACUUUGAGGCUUCUCGAUUUAUCCAACAAUAAACUUAAUGGAAGAGUGCCCAACUAUUUAUGUGAAAUGGAUUCAUUACAAGAUUUGAACAUGUCUUGCAACUUUUUGACAUCCACGUGCCAAUUCUUAGAGAAUCAACGGCUCGAAUACCUUGAUCUUAGUUUCAACUUGCUGGCUGAUGACAUUUCUUUGUCAGAAUGCAAUGCAAGGGAACUUGGUAUUCUCAACUUGUCCCACAACAAGUUGACUGGCAUCAUUCCACAAUGCCUCACAAACUUAUCAUCACUUGAAGUUUUGGAUCUACAGAGGAACAAACUUUUUGGCACUUUGCCAAGUGCCUUCUCAAAGUCCAUUACUCUCCUGAAUCUCAAUGGCAACAAUUUAGAAGGUUUUUUUCCUAAAUCUUUGUCCAAUUGCACAAGAUUGAAGAUUUUAGAUCUUGGCAACAACCAAAUGAUGGAUACAUUUCCCCAUUGGCUUGAAGCUCUGCCAUAUUUGGAAGUACUAGUCUUGCGAGCAAACAAGUUGCACGGUCUCAUUUCCAAUUUAAAGGCCAAGCAUCCGUUUCCAAGUUUAAAAGUUUUUGAUAUCUCACACAACAACUUCGUAGGUCCAAUUCCAAAAUCCUACAUACAAAAAUUUAAAGCUAUGAAGAAAGUAGUUCAAAAUGAAGCGGAUAGCAAUCGGCGAUACAUGGAAAUAAGACUACCCUCCUUUUACACUAAUCGAGGUGUAACUGGUAACUUCAGCAGUAUUUUAUUCUAUUAUUCUGUGACUAUAACAAUAAAAGGUGUCAGCAUUGCACUCGCAAAAGUUCCCAAAAUCUUUGUAAGUAUUGAUUUGUCAAGAAAUAAAUUCGAAGGGGAAAUUCCAAGAGUUAUUGGAGAGCUCCAUGCACUGAAAGGGCUCAACCUUUCUCAUAACAGACUCAUUGGCCCUAUUCCUCUGGGAAAUUUGACAAACUUGGAAUCAUUGGAUCUCUCCUCAAAUAUGUUGACUGGUGAAAUUCCUACAGAACUAACCAAUCUGAACUUUCUUGAAGUCUUGAAUCUUUCUCAAAAUCGUCUUGGGGGAGAAAUACCUAAAGGAAAACAGUUCAAUACAUUUUCAAAUGAUUCAUAUGUAGGAAAUUUGGGGUUAUGUGGAUUUCCAAUGUCAAUAGACUGCAACAACGACCCAAAACAUGGUCCUUCACCUUCACCAACCUUCUGGAAUGAACAGAAAUUUGGAAUUGGUUGGAAACCAGUGGCCAUAGGAUAUGGAUGUGGAAUGGUAUUUGGGAUCGCCUUCGGAUGUUGUCAAUUGUCAAUAGGAAAACCUCAAUGGCUCGUGAGAAUGGUUGGAGAUUUGCCUAAUAAAAGAGCAAAAAGGAGGACAAGGAUGAGGACUCAUGAAAGAAUGCAUUAA